AUGGCUCUUGAACUUGCUGGCAAAAGUGCCAUUGUUACCGGUGGCGGCUCAGGUAUAUGUUUGUGCUUUGUCAAGCUUCUCCUUGGCAAAGGCUGUUCUGUUGUCGUCGCCGACAUCAGCCUCCGCCCCGAAGCCGCAGAGCUUCUCGACGAGUACAGCCAAGGCGACCCGCGCGUGGGCGAUGGCUCAAGACCGUUCGUCUUGUUUCACAAGACGGACGUUACCUCGUGGGCGCAGCUCACCUCGUUGUGGAAGACGGCCAUUGAAGCCCACGGCAAGGUGGACAUUGUCGUGCCUGACGCGGGCAUCUUCGAGCCGGCAUGGAGCAGUUUCUGGAAGGCUCCAAGGACCGAGACCAACCCUGACACACCGUCUCGAGAUGCUGGCGACGCAGAGCUCGGCCACUACGCUACCACUGACUUGAACCUCACCUCACCACUUCGACUGAGCCAGAUGGCCAUCGGGCACUGGACCACGAACCGUCAAAAGGGCUGUCUGGUGCUUGUGGGGAGCAUUGCUGGCUACUUGGACACGCCGAUUCGUCCCUUGUACCACACCACGAAACACGGCAUCCACGGAUUCGUGUCGUGCAUGGCCCCCCUUCGUGAUGCGUUGGGCAUCCGCGUUGGCGCCGUGGCUCCCGGACCAGUCAAGACCUCAAUAUGGGAUCAGGGAUUCACCAUGACAGAGGAGAUGACCGACAACAUGGCAUGGGUUGAUAUGCGUGACGUCGCCCAGGCCAUGUACCAACUGGUCGUGGAUGAAAAGAUGGGUGACGGCACCAUCUUGGAAGUCCUGGCGUCGGGAACCCGGGUUCUCCCCAGGUUUGCUGGUGCUUCCGACGAGUUGGUCAACUCGACCGUGGGCGGAUAUCUGAAGGCCGAGGAGGUCUUCCUGACUGACCUGGAGGCGAACGGCCUGCGAGUCUAA